UUUGACAAGAAAUAGUCAAAAUCCUCUCCUAUGAUCAAGGAACAUAACAAAACAACCUAAAGACAAACUCAAUUACAGAAAAAACCCAGAUAGAUUGGAAGAGCUUAGAGAGACGAGAAAACAGAGAUAUAUUACAUAUGCCAACUUUUACAUGCAUUUUACAUUAUACUAAUUUUUAUAUAUAAGUAUCAAUCAACCUUCACUAAUAUUCAAAAACUUCCGUAAACAACAAUCUUCCACCCAGAAAACAAAAAACUAAUGAGUGCGGGUAGGGUAUCUUCAUCUCCUGAUCUUUUGCCGAUGUCAACUAGCAACCAGGAAGAUUUAAGCUUAGAAGGCAUUUCAACAAAUGUAAAGCUGCUAUUAAAACUGAUUCAAGAUCAUCAAGAGGCAUCUCACAAAGGAAACUUGGAUGAGAGAAAAACACAAAGAUUUGCGGGGAUAAUGACCAUCUUAGAUGAUGUUAAAAUAAGGCUACAAAGAUCCCAAACCUCGUCAAAGAAAAACAAGGCUGAACUUCGACGUUGCAACACCGAUCUAAGAAUCAAUCAUCCUCCUAAAGAUGGACUCAAAAACAACGAAACGUUAGUCUUAGACGAAAAAGAAAAGCUACGCAGAGAUCUAAAUGCGAGCUAUGCAGCACAGAAACGGCUAGGAGUAAUGUGCGCGAGUUUAGGAAGAGAGAAAGACAUCAUUGCACGAGAACUAACUCGGAAAGUACAAGAGUUGAACGAAAUGGAAGAGCAUGUUAAUGAUAUUCGGGCACAAAAUGAAAGAUUAUCAGCUAAGAUACAAGCUUCUGUAGCCCAGCACAAGGAGGUUAAAAAGAGCGCGAAAGGGUCUGAAAAUCACCAUAUAAAUUACGCGGUAUCUCAACAAAGGAAUAAAGAGCUUUCAGAACAACUUCUCAAGUCUUUAGAUGGCUACAAGGCUAUGAAGAGGAAACAUAAAGAAGUAAAAGAGGAAAGAGAUGGAAUGCAAGCUGCAAUGGAAGAGUUAGGAGAUGAGGUUAAAUGUAGUCUUCACCUUGUUACUAGCCUUAAGGAAUGUGUUAGUGGUUGUAAUUUGGGUGAACAAGUUGGAGAUAUUCAAGAUAAGAUUACUUCGUUGGAGCAUGUUUUUAAAAGACUUGAAGUAAAGACUUCGACAUUGAGACAGGAAAGGAAACAAAAUGCUUGAGACUUAUGAAGGAAUAUCCUAUAAUCUAAUUUGCAUAGUUUGGAUUAUACAGUUGUGUUAAUUGUGGAAGAAAAGUGUCUUCUUCUUGUCUUCUUUUCUUUCUAGGGGCUAAUAUGUAUGAUACCAAUUUUUUAUGUAUAUAUGACAUAAGGCUAUGUAUUAAGUUG